UUCUGAUAUAUCCCUUCAUUCACAGUUUCAUUGACGUUUUUCUUGUUUGUAAAUAUUAAACGCUGGAAAUAGUACGCAAUGUGAUAUUACACACAUUCCUUGACCAAAUACAUUACGUAAACGAUAGCCACUGAACUGCAAUUAAUUAAUUGUAAUAGAACAAUCAUAACCUAUUAGUCUGUCUUGAUAGUGUUCUUUCACCGUAGUGAUUGCGAUAUGAAACAAGAAAAUGCCUCCGUUUAGAAGAAAGAAGGCGCCGAAGUCAUUUCCAGUCAAAGUAUGCACAUUGGAUGCUGAAUUGGAGUUCAACCUUGAGUGGAGAGCAACAGGUCGAGAUUUAUUUGACUUGGUAUGCAGAACUAUAGGUCUAAGGGAAACAUGGUUCUUUGGGCUCCAGUUCGAAGAUACCAAACACUUUAUAAGUUGGCUGAAAUUGGAUAAAAGAGUACAAGAUCAAUGUGUCUCACAGAUGCCUGGCACCCCAUUCAUGUUGCUCUGCAAGCUGUACCCUGAAGAUGUUGCCGAGGAGCUCAUUCAAGAGGUGACACAACACCUACUGUUCCUGCAGGUGAAGCAAGCGAUAUUGAGCAUGGACAUAUACUGUCCGCCUGAAGCCUCUGUCUUGUUGGCCAGUUACGCCGUUCAAGCGAAGUAUGGAGACUAUGAUGAGAGCGCUUACAAGCCAGGCAUGCUGGCUAGUGAGGACCUGCUGCCCCAACGAGUCAUAGAUCAGUACCAAAUGACGCCUGAGAUGUGGGAAGAUCGCAUCAAGAUAUGGUACGCGGACCACAAGGGCAUGUCGAGAGACGAAGCAGAAAUGGAGUAUCUGAAGAUAGCUCAAGACUUGGACAUGUACGGUGUCAAUUACUUCGCGAUCAAUAACAAGAAAGACACAGACCUCUACUUGGGUGUGACGGCUCUGGGUCUAAACAUCUACGAGAAGGACAACAAGCUCACGCCGAAGACAACAUUCCCUUGGUCCGAAAUCAAGCACAUUUCGUUUGAUGACAAGAAAUUUGUGAUAAAGUUCGUUGACAAAAGUGUGACCAACUUUAUCUUUUUCUCGCCAAAAGGCAUGAAUAAACUGAUCCUAGACCUUUGCAUCGGCAACCACGACCUGUAUAUGCGUCGAAGGAAACCGGACACCAUGGAGGUGCAGCAGAUGAAAGCACAGGCUAAAGAAGAGAAACAGCGUCGCGCCAUAGAACGCAAUAAACUAGCGAGAGAGAAGCAACUGCGUGAAGCAGCUGAGAGAGAAAGAGCUGCAAUGGAACAGAGGCUGCGGCAAUACCAGGAUGAGAUAAGACUCGCUAACGAUGCUCUGCGCAGGUCAGAGGAGACAGCGGAGUUGUUGGCAGAGAAGGGGCGCGUCGCCGAGGAAGAAGCGUCCUUAUUGGCGCAGAAAGCGGCAGAUGCCGAGCGAGAGAAUGCAAGAUUGAGGCUAUCAGCUAUUAAGACUGAAGAAGAGAAGGUCCAUUUAGAACGCAAAACUCGGGAAGCGGAAUUCCUCACAGCCCGUUUGGUAGAAGAGUCUGAGAAGCGAGCCGCCGAAGCAGAAAGACUUAGGUCCGAAUUACUCGCAGCUCGGGCCGCGGAGAGACAUGCCAAGGAAAGACUUCUAAACUUCCUGGCUAGGAAUUCUACUGGAUCACUGCCUACGAGUACGCAGUCUACAGGCGAGCGUCAUUCAUGGCAGAUGACUUGGGGCGCCUCACCUCCAGAUCACACGCCUUCACACACCCCCGCCCCUAUGGCUAACGGGCUGCCUGACCACUUGCAAAAGGAGGCGGAUUCCCGCGACAGUACGUGGCUCAGUAAUAUUCUUCCCGAGUCGGCGCGCGACCUUCGAGAUCGUCUCGCUGCGCUCAUCAACAAGAACCAAACCGGUUCCCUUGCGCCGUCGCCGGUGCCUUCGUCCCUGUUCCCGUCGACUUGCUCGUUACCCGCGGAGCUCGGGGGCGAAGCCCUACCUGAAGGCACGACGCCCGAGCAGGAGCUCACCGCCUACCAACUGGUGCCUGAUGAGCCCGACCCGCAUAUACACCGCCUGUCAUUAGAAAUUGAGAAGGAGAGAGUGGAAUACCUUGCCAAAUCCAAGCAUCUCCAGCAGCAAUUAGAUGAAUUGCGUUGCGAAUUCUCCGUACUGCGCGUAGACAGCGACGCGGCCGCGCUAGAUCGACUGCACGAGAUGCAAGCGAGAGCCGGCGACAACAAAUACUCCACGCUGAGGAGGCUGAAACAAGGAUCCACCAAUACUCGCGUCGCCUUCUACGAAGACCUGUAACCCUAAGGAAAUGUAUAAGGUGUUCCCACCACGCACAAUAUGUAAGUGUUCUAAAUGACAAUAAAUAUUAUUUACGCCUAUUGAUGAUGUGUACGUUUUCAUGAUUAAUGGCUCAAUUACAUUUGGUCGUUAGCUUGUUUCGGGUGCACGAAAGACAUUACUCGAAUUCGGGCACCCGAAGCAAUCUUUAGAAUGGAAUACGGGCUGGAAGUCGGUGUCGGGUAUCCCAAACGAAAACUAUAAAUUCGGGUAAUACGGGCGUACUCGAACCGUUCAUUUACACUUAACCAUUUACCCGAAUUCCAUUCGUACUCUCAUUCGGGCUAGCGACCAAGUGAAAUCGCGCCAUAAGUCUACGAUUAUCUCAUGUUUGAUAUAUAAGAGUCGAGCUAAUAUAGCUCUUAUUGUAUACGUCUUAAGGAUGAUGUUACCCGAUGUUAUGUGUAUGUACCCACC